CCCAUCUCCAUCAGCAACGCCAACUGCCACUGCCAUAGGUACCUGGGGUCCUUAAUAUAGGCCCCGACAUGUCUCGACCUCUUCUUUAAACCUCACAAUGAAUUCCACGGAUACCAUCCAAAGCCGCUUUGUUAAUGCGCUGCGCACUCAAGGGAAAGCCCAUCACUCAGCAACGGCCGCGCUUCCAUGUCCCUACCCAGGUCAUUAUGGAAGAAUAUUCCAAAACGUUGAUCAGCUCUAUGACCAUGCGAAAGCUGACCACGCAUCCAAAAUCCAAGGUCUGGAUCCGAGGCAGGCACGGAUGCACCUAAAGGAGGCAGCUCUGAAAUUGAGGACCAGAGAUCGCUCUGAAGGCAGCGACUCCACGCCUGAUAUCACUGGCCUAUCCCUCGACGCAGGUAGCGUCUUACCAGAACGUACAAUGCCGAGGCCAAGGCCACAAGAGCCUCGCCUAUAUGACCCAAGUAAAACACCUGAAGGUAGUGCUUCCGCAUACGGAUCAGCGCCGAAGCCUUCAAGUGAGUCUACUGUCACAUCGUUGUUGCCGGAAGUGUUACAGUGCAACAAAUGUGACAGUAAAUUUAGCGGCCUGUAUCGAAAGGGUAACCUAGGCCGUCACCUGCGGCAUAAGCACGAAGGCGAGGGCCGUAUAAUAUACCCUUGCGAAGCUGUUACUUGCGCUGAAGAAUUUACACGGCAAGAUGCUCGUCUCAAGCACUAUAGAGGUCAUCAUCCGCAGCUUUACACGGCGCCGCCUAUAGCCCGCGGACCCCAGGACCAUGAUCCCAGAUAUCCAGGCCUCUUGCUCAAGCCAGACUCUCGUCCAAUAUCUCAAGAACAGCUCGCCGCUGAGGUGAAAAGCAUCUAUGCUGGGCUCACUAUGGUCGAGACGAAAGCCCUGAAGUUAGAAACACAUUUGCAGAAGCCAGCGACUAAAGCCCGGAAACUCAAAAAACAACCGAAUGAACCAGCGACCGGUUGUAACGCCUUCACGUCGAAGACCGUCUUUGAAAUUCCGGGCAUGCUUGCUCAAGAACAUUCCGUGGACGCACUUGGCGACACUGGUGCAAAGUACAACUUCAUGAGAGAAGAGUACGCCUUGCAAACAGGCCUGUCAAUUCAACGCGACGAGACUCGCUCAGUUACGAUCACGAAGGAGCACACCGUCACAACAACAGGCACUGCUCAGGCAUCGUUCAGCUUUACAGGCGAGAAGGAACAGUACUCAAUCGUCUUCCAUCUUCUGCCAGACUGUAUCCACGAUGUUAUUUUAGGAAACGUCUUCCUCAAAGCAACGAAAACCUUAACAUCGUUUGCCUCCCGUAUCAAGAGGAGGGUAGUCGAGAACCUGUCGCAAUACAACCUCCUCUAUCUUGGCGAAUCUGCCCCACGAUUCACUGGCUACGUCAAUGGUCGCCCGCAAGAGGCCCUUGCAGACACAGGGGCAAAGGUUCUGAUCAUGGACGAGGAUUACGCUCAUUCAAUCGGCGUACCUAUCGACAGAGAUCGCAAGGUCAAACUUCGCUUUGGCGACAAUUCCACGGCUUUCACAUCCGGCAUGACGUAUGGCGUAGAGUGGGAAUUCGGAUAUAGCAGCACAGAAGCACGAGAAUACGAAGACGAGGACGACCAAGGAUUUGACGACAACAAUCAAGACGUUGCAGAUGAGGGCGAAGAUGCUUCCCCGGCCCCCCCAUAUCCUGAAAGAUAUGAAGCCCAAAAUCUCCUCGACUUCCACAUUAUGAAGAAUGCGCCGGCCAAUGUCAUUCUUAGCGACGAGUUCCUUUUUAGCACGAACGCUUUCUCGGAGUACAAAUCUUUCUUGUUGGAAGAAGACGAUAAAGAUGACGAUGACGCCUAUCUCUUUGUCAUUGAUCGCGACAUGUCCUAUGUGAACAAGAUAUCUGUUAAGUCCGCAGCCAUGAAGCAACACCGUGAAGACGUACGCCGUGGCGAAGAGGAUGACCGCAUCGCUGACCUUCCUGACGCCGAACAAGCUGCAGAAAGAGCAGUCGAAGAUGACCGGCGAGCGCAAUGGGACGCCCAACAGGCCGCAGCAAUUGUACCGCCAAACCUUGUCGGUCACGGUGGGCCAGGUUUAGCGCAGCCAAACAAUGGCACUGCAAUCAGCAAUGGAUCUCCAGAUAAAGGACACCGGUGGUAUUUCAAGUUCAAGCGUAGAAAGGCUUCAGCGCCGUAAAUGAUACCGAGGACAAUGUCAGCCUUAUAAAACUGGACAUUCCAGAAGGGUUCAGGAAUUCCAUCUUUGUUGGUCAGUCGAAAUAAGUUUCGAGCCCUAUAAAUGGCAUGCAUGCAGUAAAACGACUGCCUUGGUUUGAUGACGUUUUAGAAUUUCUUCCCUCAGCAGAUUAAAGUUACACAAUAAAGAAACAGGGAACUGGACGUGUGAUGAAAGCAAAUCUAGAGUGGCGAAGCAUGCGUGGGGCGCAGGGAAUGCUGCACGCGGACAGCUUACGCAUCAGCCUUUGAUUCCAACUUGCUCAGCCACAACGCCUCCCCAACAUAUCCUCGUGAAGCC